AUGGAGAAAACUAGAGUGUUGUCGGGAGCGGCUUUAGUAGCAAAGGGUAUUACAAAAAUAGAGGCAUCCCUUCCUGAGAUAGGGCUGAAAGAUGUUGCACCCAAUGGCUCCUGGCUUGAACAGAAACAAAUACAGGCUGCCUUGGAGGCUCGGAAGUAUUUAAUUGAAGUUGAGAGGAUUGAGAAAUGUGGAGUUCUCAGUCAUGCUAUUUGGCGAGAUGAUUUGAAGCUUGCUGAAGUCACACAAAAGAGUGGUGGGCAUUGGCAGUACUUGGGUCAUAAUGUUGGCAAGACCUUAUUUCUUAACCCUGAGGAAACAUUGUUUUUAAUGGAAACUAACUGUCUACAACUAAAGCACAAUGAAGUCACGGUAUCAUUACAAAAAGCUUAUUCUUUAUUACUUGAUUCAUCAAAUAGGAUACAAUAUCAAGUGUAUGCAUCACUCAGUAGGGUAGGAUACAAAGUAUUUAGACAUGUAGGACCUAAAUGGAAUGAUGAGAUAAAAUCCUCAUUCCAACAAAUUCAAAAUGUAAGGGAUCAUGGUAAUGUCACAGCCACUAGUCAACUUGAAGAUUCACAAUCUACCAAUGAUAGUGCUUCUGAAGAUACUAGCCAUUCUGAAAAUAAAGAAAUUAAAACAGCUGAUGAUGGUACCAAAAAGGUUGAUCCUUUAAUAACAAAUAGAGAAAUAGAACCUGGAAAUGUAGAGAACUUAGAAUGUGAUGCAAAGAGUUCAACAGUAGUUACAGAAAAUGAGUCCCUUAGCCCUAAAGAUACUUGUGUUGAAGAAACAGAAACUAAAUUAAUAGAAGAAGUUAAAGGUGGCGAAGUAACUGAUAAGGUUGUUGAAAUAAGUAUUAACGUAGUUAGUGAAGAAAUUACUGAGAAAUGUGAAGCUAUAAGUGAAACAUUAGUAGAAAACGACUCUUCUAAUAAAAUGGAUGUUGAGGAUAAAGACAUAAAGACUGCUAAUGUAAGGAAUGAACAUAUAGAAGAGGUGUCAUCUUCAAGUGAUAAGAAAGCAGAUAGAAUGGAUGUCUCUACUGAAAAUGUUACUGCUGCAGAUCCUGGUGUUAUUGUAAUGGAAGUAAGUGAUGAAAAAAUUGAAAUUAGUGAUGAUAAUAUUGACGACACUUCAGCAGUUGAAGAAACUAAGAGUGCAGGAACAUCCAAUGUAUUAGUAGAUCUUGAAACAAGUAAAAAUAAAAAUGAUGUUAAAGAAAAUCUAUCAAUGAACACAGACCUAAAGGAUAUUAUUCACUUGCAACAAAACCAUUCAAUGUAUAGUUACGUGAGCAAAAUAGAGAAAAUGAGUAACAGGCAAAUGAAACCCAGCAACUCAGAAAAUAUCCAAACGUAUUUCGAGAAUAUUCCUGACCUAUCAAAGCAGCGUGUGUUCGCCAUAAACGUGCCUGAUCAAAAGUUCAUACCGAAAAAUGUCUUUGUAAAUAAACAAAAUUAUGUGUUGGAUAUGCAGAAUAUAAAGGCGAGGUCACGACGCUCCGCUUCAUCCGACGCUUCUUACUCGAGUUCCGACGAAGUCAAUGGAAGAAAUAUCAGACGCAUUAGAAGUGCCUCUGGAACUGAGCUAUCUCAAAAUCAACCAUUUUUCCCAAACAUACGUCUCCCGAGGUAUCAAUUCAGACCUUACGGGUUUUGGCGCCCACAAAACAACAUCAAUUUUUACCAACUUAUGUUCUUCCAAGCACGUUUUCAAUAUAAUCAGAGACCACCUCCUUUUGUAAGAUCCCCUUUAGAAUUUAUCCCUAACGUAAGUAACGCAAGAAAACGCGUAAGACUUGCUAACAUGGCGCAUUUCCAAGCUAUAAGAAAUGCAGCUGUGCGGCUAAAGCAAAGUCUCAUCUCUGGUAUCACGGACAUGCGCAAACUUGAAGAGCUACACAACAUAUUACACUCUUACAACAUGAGAUACAAAGCUAGAUUACGAUUAAGUGAAAAUUUCGAUGUAAUCAACGAUGAGAAAAUUGUUGAAACAAUAGAGUUGGAUGACGAUGAAGAAUCAAAAAGUAAAAAGCCAAGGUUAGAUGAUGGUGAUGAUAAAUUUAAUGAGAACCUGUAUAGACUGAAACAGUUGGCUCUGAGACUGAGAGAGCUGGAAGCCAAGAACAAAGCGACAGCUUCUCAUAGGCGAGCAUUCUCCAAAGCAAUCAAAACAUUCAAUCAGUCUUACAAAGCAGAUAUUUAUUUAGAUAGUAAUAAUUAUGAAAUUAUUGAUAGGAAAUGUAUAACUCUUGACUCUAGUUCAGAAUCCGACUGUGUGGUUAAAGAAGCACCUGCGCCAAAAAAAAGGAAAAAAUUGAGAAAUCCGUUCAAUAUUUUAAAACGACGCUCUGAGAAGUUGUUGGCCCUUAAUGGACCAAGUACAAGUCAGACCGAACAUAUGUUCGAAAUUAGUUUACCGGAUAAAUCAGCUCCAGUAAACGAAAGAGAAGAAAAUAAGAAAUAUAGUGAACAUAUACUUAAAAUAUUUAAUGCAAAAUGGCUGCCAGGAGAAGAUGAUUUCGGAAGGGCUGAAAUUGUAUCUAAAUUCGAUAUGAACACGCGCCUUUUAGUUAACAGCAAAGAACAAUAUUUACACGAUUUUAUGAAAGAACAAUUUGAUCAAUAUCCUAACUGGUUAGAGGCUAAAAUAUCCUUUUUUAAGUAUUUAGAAGACACUAAUAUUGCAAUCAAUAAUGAACGGGAACGACUGUUAGCUGACGCAGAAGUAAAUACGGGUUUAAAACCUUUAAUAGAUUUUGAGGACAUUUCAGAUAUGUCGAAAGCACUAGAAAAAUUAAGAAUUAUAGGAAAUAAUCAAGACACAGAUAGUGAAACUAGUCUGGAAGUAGAUUUUGAUGUAUAUAAUAGAGAUGUACAGAAUUAUAGGAAAAGAAAACCACCAAAGCCGCAUUUCAGAAUUGUUUGUUUAGAUGAAUCAGUAGGAGUUCCACCAGCGCCGCAUGUGAUGGCCCUGCAUUCAAAAUACAAGGACGAGGUACCAAUCGUGUUUGCAGUAGUUGGUCUAGGAUCUGUCUCCUACGUACAACUCAACCCUAUAGACUUGCCUAUAUAUGUUCCAAACAAUGAUUUAGUAUAA